AAUUGCCCUCAAAAGUAAAGGUUGCUCUUUUUCCCAAACAUUGAUGUUAGAGUUCUUUGCCAUCCAGAGGGACCUUGACAUGCUUGCAAGGUGGGUCAAUGCAAACAUCAUGAAGUUCACCAAAGCAAAGUGCAAGGGCCCACACCUGGGUUGUGGCAAUCCCAGGGACACAGGCUGGUGAAGUGAUUGAGAGCAGCCCUGUGGAGAAGGACUUGGGCGUGAUGGUUGAUGAAAAAUUCAACAUGAGCAGGAAGUGUGCACUCACAGCCCAGAAAGCCAAGCGUACCCUGGGCUGUAUCUAAAGAAACAUGGUCAACAGACUGAGGGAGGUGAUUCCUCCCAACACAGGAAGGACAUGGAACUCUUGGAGAAAGCCCAGAGGAAGACCUCAAAGUUGGUAAGAGGACUAGAGCCCCUCCCAUAGCAAACUUCCAGUGUCUGAAGGGAAUCAUCAUCAGGAACUGUAGUGAUAGGAAAAGCAGGAAUGGGUACAAAUUCCAAGAGGGGAAAUUUAGGCUGGAUAUUAGGAAGAAAUUCUUUACUGUGAGGGUGCUGAGGCACUGGAACAGGUUGUCCAGAGAAGUUGUGGAUGUCCCAGUCCUGACAGUGUUCAAAGCCAGGUUGGUUGGGCUUGGAACAACCUGGUCCAGUGGGACAUGCCCAUGGCAGGGGGCAUUGGGACUAGUGAUCUCUAAGGUUUCUUCCAACUCCUAACAUUCUAUGAUUUUAUGACACAGGACAGGAAUCCCCCUGUACUAAGCCAAGUGGGAACUGCCUCAUGAGUUUUCUCAGACCAGUUUGGACCAAACCAAAGCUCUCAUGAAUCAGGCCUGUAAAGUGCAUGUGCUCAUACGGUUUCUCCUUUCAGUGACUGCACUGCAGACAUAGUAAAUAAAAGGUUGAGUGUGUCUCCUGACUCCAUAUUGACAUAAUUUUGAUUAAUAUACUUCUCCAUUUUCAUCUCUGACAUCCACAUGUGAUUUGUAAUUGUGAGUCAUGGAGAUACCUCCAGGAAUGGCUGAAAAAGCUCCAAAAGGGAAGAAAGACACACCAUGUAUGCUAGCUUUAUUUAGAAAGAGAAAAUGUUUACCUCCCUGUGGACUGACCUUACAUUAUUCAGGAUUUCAGAGAUAAUUUUAAAGCCCUGGGUCUUCCAACCACUUCCAUCUCAUCAGUUAUCAUUGGCACUAUGAAAAAGUGCCACUUCCACAGAUGGAUGCACUGUGAACAGCAAAACUGCACAUCCACUCACAGACCCACAAUGUCUUUCCUCUCUUAUCUGCACCCCUUUCACUGCUGGUCAAUUCUGGGACACAACAAGAUUUUCAAUGGCCUCAAUAAGAGAGAAUUGAGCACAGCAUUGGUAUUGAAUAUGCCAAAGGAACGGUGUGAGUAGCCCACAGUGAUACUGUGUAAUUCCCCUUCCUCCCUUCAGUUUUCUGGACACCGGCUCCAAGGAUUUGCAUUUGUUGCUUAAAGGCAUUUUAUAAAGAAGGAGAAGAAAAGCUGCUUGCAGCACUGAAGUUGUAGCAGCCCAAUUAAUGAUUCAGCAGUUCUCUGUAAAGCAGCUCCCAUGAGAGAAGCAGCUUGUCACACUCACACUCAGUGACAAGCAAUUCCCCUCCAUAGGAAAGUUGGGUGUACACCCCUCUGCAGACUCACAGGAUCCUUUUUCAUGCCAGCACCCCAGAAAUGCUCCUUCUUGUGGAAGACAGCAGCCAGAAAAACUGUAGGAACUCUGAGACUUCUGUCUUCACAGCUCCAAAUCCAAACCAUAACAAAAGGCAUGCAGUGCUAUUUGGUAUAUUUGCCUGGGCUUUUUAUCUCUCACUCUCAUUUUCAGUUCUGAUUUUGGUCUUUGCUUCUGUGAGACAGUCAUUGCAAAACAUGCAGUACGCUCUCUUCACUUAUGCCAGUACUUGCUGAAUUGCUUUAAUUUCUCUUCUUACACAUCUGCACUGAAUCAAAAAAAAAAAAAAAAAAAAGCUAUCCUUUAUUUUUCACUUGACUGAAAGCCAAAAUUCUUAUUUAUAGGAUGGAAAUAUGAUGGCUGCAAAGCAGUUUCUGUCCUUUUCAGUGGCUUGCCACAGGCAUUUUUACUUAGGCAGUCAGUUGUCUGGUUCACUUCAGUGGAGCCCAGCCUGGGAGGGGAAAACCCCUUGAUAAAAGUUUACCAUGCAGUUGCGUGGCUGGAGCAGAAAAAAAUUACCUCUGUCUAUGACAAUGGAUUCUGCAUGAGCCCUCCCUCCCCUUCUGCCUCUUCUGCCAUGACAGGUGGAUCAAAAGAAAAUUAACUAUAUCCUCCAAGCCACGUGGACUUCUUUCUCCCCUUUCCUAAGAAAAGGCAGGGUGAAGUUGGAAAAAAUACCAUUGUUAGUCCUGUACAUUACAAUACACUCACAAAACAUGUCAGUGGACUGAGUGGAAUUUUGUAUUAAACAGAAAAAGACACCAGAGACCUGGAGUAAAGGUAAAGACCCAAGUGUACCAGCCUAAAAUAAAACAUGACAAAAAAAGAGAAACCAACAACAGGAAAGCACACUACUAGUGAGGACAGCAGACAGCAAUCUCACUGUUUUUAGGUAGUAUGAGAGCUGGAGAAUUUUACAUCUGCUCCUGCAAAAGAGAUUUCUUUGGAGCUGUUUGAAGGAGGAGAGCAAAGUAUUUUGGCAAGGGUGAUAUGGAGGCUUCUCCCAAAUAUAUGGAAAAGGCACACAAAAACCACAAAGGUUCCGCUUAAAAUGCAAAGUAGCAAACACAGACCAGAUGCAUGUUCUAGUCUCAGGGUGCAUGGGAAUGACAUUUGGCUCUUUACCAGGACUAUGGGCCCUUACAGCACAUAAACCAAACAGCCAGAGAGGUGUUUUACUCAGGAGACAAGACACAGUGGUUUUAUCUUGUUUUCUAAAGAUAAACUAAUUUUUUCUUUACCAUGAGCUAUGUGCUGUUUAGCAUCAGCUCUCUGUAUUAUAUAUCAUAGGAUUUCUCUAUGUUAUUCUUUGCUGUUAAGAUAGGGUCCUGUCACAAAACUGAAGAUCAGACACUCCAUCACUUCCGGUAGCUGACAUCACCGAGAUGUCUCCCCCACAUCUUCUUUCUUCGUCACACUCUCCUCCUCCUCUACUUUCAAUUCCCCAUCUUCUUCCCCACACUGCCAGGCCAAGCAUGCUCCCCAUUCCUCUUUCCUCCACUACAGGCGUUUUGGGUACUUGUCCUGCCCUUUGGACCUCAGGGACUCAGUGUUCCUCCCAUGGCAUACACAGUCUGCAGUAAUCUUGCACCACAUCACCUUCUCUGUAAACCAGAGAACUGCCAUGGCAUGCUAGUUGUGGUUGCUAAAGGCUGGGAAACACAUAGAUGUCCUUGCACUAGUCUAUGGAAAAAGUGCCAUGGAGGUCUGCAUAUUCUUCCUUUGUGCUAUGAUACUUCUCCCAGGUAUUGCUGCCAGUGCUCUUCCGGUCAAAGCAUUUCUCCAUCACACUGUACUCCUAUCCUGCUAUUUUCCAAACUCUCAGAAAAUUGACGUAAAGAAUUUAAUCAUUUUUUGGCAAAAAGACAUUAAUAAAGUGGUGCACGAAGUAUAUUACGGCCAAGAAAAACAUGAGAACCUCAGUCCUGAAUACAUAAAUCGCACCAAGAUGGACAUGGGCAAAUGGACCUUGCAGUUGUUAAAUGCAGGAGUCGAGGAUGAGGGACACUAUCAGUGUAUUAUUAUGCAAAAAAUAACUAAACGACCACCAGAGGUCAUACACACAUCUGAGUGCUCACUGCACAUCAUUGCCAACUAUAGUCAACCUGUGAUAGCAGAACUGCAUUCCGGGGAACUAAAGCCCAACGGAUACUUGAAUCUUUCCUGUUCUUCCAAUGGAGGUUAUCCAGAGCCCAAGGAGAUGACUUGGCUAAUUUCACAUGAGAACAUAACACGCAGCAGUACAGCUCACAUGGAUGUCUCACAGGAUCCUGUGACGAAGCUGUACAACGUUACCAGCAGGCUGAAUAUCCCGGUUCCUUCAAAGGGCCACACUAAUAUCAGCUGCUUGCUUUACCUUAGGGAGCAGCUGGGAAAUCUUGUCUCAGUCCCACUGGCCAUAGAGAUACAAGAGACAGAAAUGGAGCAAGCAAAGAUAAAUUUCUUUGGCCCACUUAUUGCUGUGGUUGUACUGAUCACUUCUGCACUUCUUCUGGGUUUUGUGAUAUUAAAGAAGAACAGAAAUAACUUGUCUACCAACCAGAGUGUCAGUCUAGCAGUCUAGAAGCUAUCCAUCUUGAAAUUGAGGCCAUCAGCCAGACUGCCGACUGGGAACCACCUCUGCACACAGCAAAGUCUGAGAUCCCAUGUUUUUAGAGGUUCUGCCAGAACAAGACUCCUCCUCAGAAGCCCUACAGAACAUGCAACAUUUUUGUGUGAUGGCUGAAACCUACUGCCCAGUGUUCUCUGCCUUUUUUGCUCCAGAAUGGUAGUAAAUAUAAUGCUCUGCCGGUCUGCAUGACUACCUUUUUGUUGUAUCUUUUAUUAUGCACUGUGACAAUGUAAAAUCCUGAGAGUCAGUGGAGAAAGCGGAGCUGCAUGGGUCACAGAAUGUCUCAGAGACAGAAGGAGUUAAAUCACAAUCUGUGAAUCAUAAUCAUCACUGUAAAUAUGAUCAGAGGUAGGCUAUUACCCAUGGAAUCAUAGAAUGACUUGGGUUGGAAGGGACUUGAAGGUCAUCUAUUUUCAAACAUCCUGCCUAACCAUGAGCCCUAAAUGCUUUUGGCAGAGCCACAGAGGCUUUGUACCAGUAACUUUCUCAUAAAGCAUCACAUUAGAAAGAGGAACUUCGGGGCACUUCCCCACCUUCUGAGAAAACUCCUGGAGUUCCUAUCAAGCAUUUGAAACUAAAAAUAAUCUAAAGGAAAUACUUGCUUUAAACAUAAUUUGUGAUUAACUUAAUUUUUUAAUAUCAUCCAAGCUUAAUAUACCCAGACAGUUAAUACCUCCACACUUUGUUCCUCUGUCUUCUGAGAGCUGUAACAGUUGUUCAGGUAGAUGCAGGGAUAGAAAAUGAUAGCAUGAGGUAUCAUAUGUGUGUAUAUCUAACCAUACAAAUGUAGACUGAGCAGAUAAUGAAAAAAUAUUGCAUAAGUCAUGUUCCUUUUUGGUUGUCUAUGUUCUCCCUUCUCUUAAUUUUACUUUAGACCUUGAUGACUGAGCAAUUCAUAUACAUGUGGUAUGUUCAGCCAUAGGAAGGAGUUUUAUCUUUCAGAAAAGAUCCUUUGUUUUGCUCAAAAUGUGUCAGUUCUCCAAUCUUGAAUGAUCUCUGCACUUUAUAUUCUUCAACAGCACUGACAUCGUUCAGGACAAAGAAUGCAGCAGAACUGAGACAAAAUCCUUCUGAGAUCUUGAUUGUGCUUGUAGGUCCGACACUUGCAGAAAGAGCAGGGACAUUAGCAUCAUAUUGUCAAGACAAAUUUCAGCUCAGACUUGCAGUCUGGGAACAUAAAUUCUCUACAGUUGUUGGGUAGAAAUAUUCUAUUCUGUUAAAUGAUGUGAGUUGCUAGAUUUCACCUCAAUUUUUACUCCAUUUUCAAUUGUGUGAGAGAAAUGUAUGUCCUUUUGAGUUAGCUAGACUAUUUGGGAGUAAGUUUACUAAGCUAUUACACUAACAUUACAAAUAUUUUCAUUCAUUAAUAUCAUUCAAAUGUUAUUACAAGGUAAAGGUUUAAAUUUUUUGUAAAAGUUUAUACUUUCUAGCAAACUUAUUUAAUGAUGGAUUAAAACAUAUGUCUUUUUCUGUGUUGCUGUUUUUAUUCUUCUUCCAUCAAAGCAUCAUGUUAGGGAAUACCAACAUUUGGUGUUCUCAAGGAGGAAACAUUUCCAGAAUUACUUCUUGGAAGCAAAUGAAUAAAAAAGGUUUGCC